AUGGAUGAUAAAAAGCAGACUUCGGCUGUCGGAAAUCUGCCAGUGAGUAGCACUUUGCAUGAUGGUCCGGGCAGUGGGUUUCCAGUAAUGGGUGCUGCUCAACAAUGGGAUGAGACACCGAGUGUGAACGAAGGGAACGAACCAACCUAUGCUCAACGAGAUCGUCCUACUUUGAUAUUUCCUCGCAUCACUGGACUAGAGAAUGGUGGUGAGUCAUCAGAUGAACUGAGCAUGUCAAAUGAUCCAUUUGAAAAGAAAGAAUGGCAAACUGUGGGGAAUAUUGUGAACCCGAACAAACCUGUUGGUACACCUGUCGUUAUUGACAACAUUCGUACCAGGUCCUCAGAAGCACUGUUAGAUGCAGCAGAUGUAGUAACACAGCGAAAGUGGGAAAGAAGACCAGCAUAUCGCGGAAAACUGAUGCCCGCUGUUAUGGAACCGUGGGCUGCACCAGAGAACGCUAUAUCAAAGGAUGAUAGAGUGUCAACAGUGUUGUCAGCUUACACAAAAUCUGUACCUCUUCAACGCCGCCGUGAAGAAGACCCGAGUAAAAAAGAUGCAGAUGCCAUGUCUGUUUCUAUAUCAGAGAGUGAUACUGGAGACAUAGAGAUGCAGGCCGCUACAGUGACAUGA